UUGACAGUUGUACAAUGAUAGUAGAUGAUAGUACCCUUUUACCAGAUAAAUCAAAAGGGACAAGUUUAAAAAGUAAUUCAUUAGUAGAAGAAUUUAGAACAAUGGUAAUUAAUAGUGACGGAGAAGAUGAUUCCACAAUGAAUAGGCUUGAUACAGGACCUGAAGAAUUAAUAAAACCUUCUCGUAAAAAGUAUAGACCCAUGUACCUGGAUCAUAUUCAUAAAAAAAUUGAGUUAAAAAAUGAUAAUUUUGAUGUGGGAAACAAAUUUUUUGGUGAUAGAUUAGAUUCUGCUCAAGAUGUUUCUCAAAUUGACGAAUCUGAAAAAACUAGGACUUUAAAUCAAUUUCCUAUGCCGCAAAUAAAUUGCAAACCUGAUGGUAAUCUACCAACAGAUUUUCAUCAAAACCAAUACAACAAACCAACUGUUGAUGGAGACUUUGGUUUUUUGAAGUUUUUGAGCUUUGAUGACUUGCAACAAAGAAUGUCCAAUUUGGAUUCUGAAAUGGAACAUGAAAUUGAUGAGCUACGACGUCGUUAUCAAAUAAAACGCAAACCAAUACUAGAUGCUAUGGAUAAGAAGCGUAAUCGACAACGAUUCUUUUGAAAUAUUUAAAAUUUGUAUAAUUGCAGUGUUAAUACUAUAGUUACAAAUAAAUGUAUGGCUAACUCCAGAUUAUCUCCGAUUAAGGUGCUACCUAUAUGUACAAUAUGUAGCCUGUCAGUUAUAGGGCAGACAAUAUUUGUUGGACUAACUUCCUGAUUAAUUUUUGAAACAUAAUAAAACUGAUA